GUGUGAGAGAGAGGAAAAGAACAACAACCCAGGAGGGAGUCGUCUCGCGGCACUAACCGCCGUCCGUUCAGCUCGAGCCGGGUCUGCGUCGAACUCCGUGGAGCUCCUCGAAACCACCUAACUACUAACUGCGUGGAGCGGGCGCGGGGCUGAGGAAAGAAGGGGUAAUGCGUUUCCCGCUGGAGGCCAUCGCCACUGCCGCCGGAGCUGCUGCCGCCUCCACAGCCGCAGCUGCCGCCUCCACCGGGUCCUAGAGCCGCUGCUGCCUACGGCCCCCCGCUCCCCUGCUCCUUCUUCUGUAUAACCCCCCCUGAGGGUGUUUCCCCUCAGUGGCGGGACCCCGGUUCGGUAUGAGCCGCGACGCCGAUUUCAUUUAUUCCUGAACAGCCGGCAGCUCUUUCCUCCGACUUCUCUCCCCCACCCCCCGCCCCGCCUCAACACCCACCGGCCUCCGCCACCAGGAGAAUCUGUGAGGGGAGUAACCGGGCGCCCCUCGGAAGAUGGGGGUGAACGCGGUGCACUGGUUCCGCAAGGGGCUCCGGCUCCACGACAAUCCGGCGCUGAGGGAAGUCAUCCAAGGCGCCGACACGGUGCGCUGCGUCUACAUCCUGGACCCAUGGUUCGCGGGCUCCUCCAACGUGGGGAUCAACCGGUGGAGGUUUUUGCUUCAGUGUCUUGAAGAUUUGGAUGCCAACUUACGAAAGUUAAAUUCUCGUUUAUUUGUGAUUCGAGGGCAGCCUGCAGAUGUGUUUCCCAGGCUCUUUAAGGAAUGGAACAUUACAAAACUUUCUAUUGAGUAUGACUCUGAGCCAUUUGGGAAGGAGAGAGAUGCAGCAAUUAAGAAGUUGGCUAGUGAAGCAGGAGUGGAAGUCAUUGUACGAAUUUCACAUACUUUAUAUGACCUAGAUAAGAUUAUAGAAUUAAAUGGAGGACAGCCACCCCUUACCUAUAAGAGAUUCCAGACUCUAAUAAGUAGAAUGGAGCCAUUGGAGAUGCCUGUAGAAACUAUUACUGCAGAAGUAAUGUCAAAGUGUACCACUCCAGUUUCUGAUGACCAUGAUGAAAAAUAUGGUGUUCCAUCUUUGGAAGAACUAGGUUUUGAUACGGAUGGAUUGCCUUCUGCUGUUUGGCCAGGUGGAGAAACAGAAGCUCUUACAAGAUUGGAAAGACAUUUGGAAAGAAAGGCUUGGGUAGCGAACUUUGAACGACCACGAAUGAAUGCAAAUUCUCUUCUUGCAAGUCCCACGGGACUUAGUCCUUACCUACGAUUUGGCUGUUUGUCCUGCCGCCUGUUUUACUUCAAGUUAACAGACUUAUACAAAAAGGUAAAAAAGAACAGCUCCCCUCCUCUUUCUCUCUAUGGCCAGUUGUUGUGGCGUGAAUUCUUCUAUACAGCAGCCACUAAUAAUCCACGCUUUGAUAAAAUGGAAGGCAAUCCCAUAUGUGUGCAGAUUCCAUGGGACAGGAAUCCUGAGGCUUUGGCAAAAUGGGCAGAGGGCAGGACAGGAUUCCCUUGGAUUGAUGCUAUUAUGACCCAGCUACGUCAGGAAGGUUGGAUCCACCACUUGGCCAGGCAUGCUGUAGCAUGCUUCUUGAGUCGAGGCGAUCUGUGGAUUAGUUGGGAAGAAGGAAUGAAGGUAUUUGAAGAAUUGCUCCUGGAUGCUGACUGGAGUGUGAAUGCAGGCAGUUGGAUGUGGCUGUCCUGUAGCUCCUUCUUCCAGCAAUUUUUCCAUUGCUAUUGCCCUGUGGGCUUUGGCAGAAGAACAGACCCUAAUGGGGACUAUAUCAGACGCUAUCUGCCUGUACUCAGAGGCUUUCCUGCAAAGUACAUCUAUGAUCCUUGGAAUGCCCCCGAGGGUGUCCAGAAGGUUGCAAAAUGUGUAAUAGGAGUGAAUUACCCUAAACCAAUGGUAAAUCAUGCUGAGGCAAGUCGCUUGAAUAUUGAAAGGAUGAAACAAAUCUACCAGCAACUAUCACGAUACAGAGGAUUAGGUCUGCUUGCAUCAGUGCCUUCUAAUGGGAAUGGGAAUGGAAAUAGUGGCCUAAUGGGAUAUUCACCAGGGGAAACCCUUCCUAGUUGUACCAAUGCCAGUGGAUCUCAAAUGGGAACAAAUGAAGUCCAUACAGGAAAUGUUCAAACAUGUACAUUAGGAGAAUCUCAUACAGGAACGAGUGGAAUUCAGCAGCAAGCAGGUUACCUUCAAGGGAGUGGUAUUUUGCAUUACGCUCAUGGGGAAGGCCAGAAAACACACUUAAUUCAGCAAGGAAGAGCAUCUCUUGUUGCUGGAGUGUGCACUGGGAAACGUCCAAAUCCAGAAGAGGAAACUCAGAGCAUUGGUCCCAAAGUCCAGCGACAAAGCAGUGAUUAAUUGGCUUUGCUGAAAGAGAAGGAUCCACACCCUAAAAUUUCAGGGCAAAAUUAUUUCACUUCCUAUUGGAAUUAAAAGUUUUUGUGAGAGUACUUAUAUUAAAAUGUGCAUUUUCAUACAUUUAUUUUCACACAGUCUGAAUGGUUGUAAACAAGUAUGUUUUUUAAUGCAUUGUUUCUAACUGGUAUUUCUAUGGUUUUUAAACUUUUAAUGACUCGCAAAGGGGGAAAAAAGAUUUGUAAAUAGAGCAUUUGGUGAUGAAUUUGGAAACUUACUGUAAAUAUAAGCAUUCAUGAUUAGUGAUAGACUCAUCAAUAUAUUUUUGAUAUUUCAUGUAUGGCUUUCAGAAAAGGCUUUAAUUGGAUGGAUAUAAAACGGAAAGUGUCCAGACAAUGAUGACCUUGAUCAUUUUUAGAUUUAAUAUUUUUAGAUUUGGGGCAGGACUUUUGACCCCUUUAUGAACCAAACUGUCUUUUCAAAAUGGUCAGCUCUUAUAUGUCUGUGUAUAAAAUACAAUAGAGAUGUUACUCUAUGAAAAUACAGCUGUAUAUAUGUCUAAUAUGCCAAUAUUUUGUUAAACUAUGAUGUCAUGCCUGAUGUUCUGUCCUUGUAUUUCCCACUGCCUUGUUCAGUCACAGUGAGGAUGCCCUUGUUAAUAAAAAUGUAUAUACAGGUUGUUUCAUUUAA